AAAACCCAGGAGCUUAUCCUCAAAAAAACCCUCCAAAACAGUUCUAACAUAUUACACAUCCAAAAUAUAAUUCCAUUAUUUUUAUAAAAAAACAAAAUGUACAUGUCCAGUGCAUUUAAUUAUAAUUCUUGUUCAAUUUCACUAAAACAAGAAAUUUUAUAUCUAUGCCACAAAUAUGUUUCUCCUCCGGUGACCGGAAGAACAGCAUGUAUCACUGCAAUUACAAAAAGUUCCGGUAACGACGGUGGAGAUGACGUCAGAGGGUCAGGUACGACGGCUAGAGGACGGAGGUUACUUAAAGUGAGAGAAGAAAAAAGGAAACGUGAAUAUGAUCGUCUUCAUAAUUAUCCUUCUUGGGCUAAGGUCUUGGAAGAUGCAGCAAAAAACGAUGUUGAACUUAGAAAUGUUUUGGGUGAUACCAUUGGGAAGCCAGAGCAGAUGAGACAGAAGGUUGAAGAUAGGAUUCGGAAGAAGGGGCGGGAUUUUCACAAGGCUAAAACGGGCUCUGUUGUUGCUUUCAAAGUCACCUUUAGAGACUUCAGUCCUGUUGGUUCCAAUAUAUGGUUCAAGUUAUAUGGACCACCUUCUGAUAGGGAUGUUGAUCUGAUUGGCAGUGUUAUUCAGUCAUGGUAUGUCAUGGGACGUUUAGGUGCAUAUAAUUCUUCUAAUUUGCAGCUGGCAAAUGCAUCAAUGGAAUACAAUCCUCUGUAUGAUGCAGAUAAGGGAUUCACUGUGAUGCCAUCAUCGUUUCAUGAUGUUAGUGAUGUUGAGUUUCAGGACAACUGGGGACGCGUGUGGGUAGACAUCGGUACUUCAGAUUACUUUGCUCUUGAUGUACUUCUCAACUGUCUCACCGUUCUGAGCUCAGAGUAUUUAGGUAUUCAGCAGGUAGUUUUUGGCGGUCGGUCAAUGGGUGACUGGGAAGAGGGAAUGAAAAACCCAGAAGAUGGAUACAAGUACUUUAAGAUCUAAGAUAUGAUGAUGACCUACAAGCUUCAUUCAUGUAGAGCAAGUCAGGGCCUAGGUCUAGGUCGAGAGGUUGUAGCCGAUGGACAUGUGAAUAGUCCUGUACUACUGCUUGCUGCCCCCUUGAGAAUAGGGUUAGCCAAGAGAUGGCUAUUCGCUGGACUAGGUGUACAAAUUAGUCUUAUAGAUAUGUAUGUUGUGCUUUUUUGA